GAAGCGAACCCUGCGCCAGGCGGGGAAGCCGGCGUCGGACCCGUCAGCAGCCGGCGGCGGUCGUCGGGGGCGGCGGCCGCGCUGCUCGGUGCGAGCCCGUCCCGCGGCCGGGCGGGCGGUCUGAGGGCGCGGCGCCAUGAAGCUGUACAGCCUCAGCGUCCUGUACAAAGGCGAGCCCAAGGCGGUGCUGCUCAAAGCCGCGUACGACGUGUCCUCCUUCAGCUUCUUCCAGAGGUCCAGUGUUCAGGAGUUCAUGACCUUCACGAGUCAGCUGAUCGUGGAGCGCUCGGCCAAGGGCAGCAGAGCUUCAGUCAAAGAACAAGAAUAUCUGUGCCACGUCUACGUGCGAAACGACAGCCUUGCAGGGGUGGUCAUUGCUGACAGUGAAUAUCCGUCUCGGGUGGCCUUUACCUUGCUGGAGAAGGUACUAGACGAAUUCUCCAAGCAGGUGGACAGGAUAGAGUGGCCAGUCGGAUCCCCUGCUACAAUUCACUACACGGCCCUAGAUGGCCACCUCAGUCGAUAUCAGAACCCCCGAGAAGCUGACCCCAUGAGUAAGGUGCAGGCUGAGCUGGAUGAGACCAAAAUCAUUCUGCACAACACCAUGGAGUCUCUGCUGGAGCGGGGGGAGAAACUAGAUGACCUGGUGUCCAAGUCUGAAGUGCUGGGGACACAGUCUAAAGCUUUCUAUAAAACGGCCCGGAAGCAGAACUCAUGCUGUGCAGUAAUGUGAUAGCAGCACGCAGAGGCCCCUGGGCCAAACGCCAGUCAUUCGCAUCAGAACCACAGUCCCUGGAGAAGCAGAGCCACCACAGGAAGACUCUGCACCCCUGGAGCCCUUGGCAGGGACCGAGGGGUCGCAGAAUGGCCUGGGGGUGGGGAACAUUCAAAUUUACAUGCCUGGUGAUUUUUGGAAAGAUGGUUUGAGGCCCCCAGGGAUGUAUUACUGGGCCAGAUGAAACCAUAAACUCUUGAGUGACUCACA